AUGAAGAAGUUUUCAAUAGAAUAUCUUCUCUCUAAUGCGGCAGGAUCAUCAAAAAAGGAAAUCAUAUCAGAACCAAAACCUUCUAACGAUAGUGUCCAAGUAGCGCUUGAGGGUAGCCUGCUAUGGAGAAAGUUUCAUGCUCUAGGAACAGAGAUGAUAGUGACUAAAAGUGGAAGACGGAUGUUUCCUACUUUGGCCGUUUCCAUCACAGGCUUGGAUCCAAAGGGAUCUUACUCACUGAUGGUAGAUUUGGAAUCUCUCGAUAGCAAGAGAUAUCGUUAUUCAUUCCAUCAGAGCAAAUGGACAGCUACUGGACCAGGUGAAGCUGAAUUGCCUUGUCGAACAUUCGUUCAUCCAGAUAGUCCAGCAACUGGAGCUCACUGGAUGAAGGGCGUAACUUCUUUUGAUAAAAUCAAAUUAACAAACAAUCAAAUGGAUAACAAUGGCUAUAUAAUUGUCAACUCUAUGCAUCGUUAUCGACCUCGAAUUCAUGUUGUCAGACAUGAUGUUGUUCUCGGUAGAAAAACUUUUUAUUUUGAAGAAACUUCUUUUAUUGCUGUCACUGCUUAUCAAAACCAUCGAAUAACUUCUUUGAAAAUUGAAUCGAAUCCGUUUGCCAAAGGUUUUCGUGAAUGCGAAUUGGAUGAAGCUCGUCUAUUGCCAUUUCUACUUCCAUUUUAUAGUCUGGCUUUUCCUCUUCAGAAAACAUAA